CUUGUUUAGCUACAGUCAAUUGAUUAUUUGGACCAAUUGGUUUUAGGUUCACCUGCCAAAGAACCUGGCGUCCCUCUCUUUGGUAUUUCUACAACGUCAUCGUAUUUUGAUCUCCGUUUCCCUCUGUUGCUGAGCCACACUUUCUUUGCACGCAACUCUUUUCACACAUGCGCACCCACAUGUGAUAAGUUGAAGUCAAGUGCAAGCGGUGUUCUCACUUUCGUCCACGACCUGAAGUCGUGUCUGUGCAAGCCUACUGAAACUGUGCCCGGCCAUGGAUUCAGAUCAAGCGUUCCACAAUCUUGCACUUUCCUUGAGGCCCAAGUUACCAGAAAAACCUUCACGUUACUGGGUCGCGAUUCUGUAUCACACCAAGAAGCCAGAAGAUGUCAAGGGAGAAAAUGACUUCAUGUGGGUCAAGUGUCACGGCGUCAGUAUAGAACAAUUAUUACUUGUAUGGUUGGCAUUACUGAUGAACCCCAGAGAAUCACAAUCAAGACUAUCAAAAAAUCCUACGUGGAACGCCACGCUAUGAAUCUGAUUCUCAAAUUCGGUGACACAGACCAGCAGCCAACUGAAGAAACGCCUCUGUCAUCUCUCAACAAAUACAAAGACAACCUGGUGGUCGUCCGAGCUGUCGAAGUCUCAGCUGCGUCCGAGCAUGACCUGUCAGCAGCUUCCCUUAUCCAGCCGUCGAGUAGCGCUCCUUUAGGCCAGGAGCCCUUUGGUCACAAUACGCCUGCCACUAACGGUAUGAAGCAGAUUAACAGACAUGAACGUGCCCACCAGGCCUUAAACGUAAUGGAAGAAUCGGGUGAUGACCCCCAAGCUCACAUUGAUGACUCUGGUGACGCCGAAGAACUUAACGACCGAAAAUAUCAAUUACCGUCACCUGCAGUGAAAAAGGAACGGAGUUUGUCGCCCAAGUUUGAACCUGCGGUGUCUAGACAGCCCAGCCAGGCCUCCGACUCCGACAUGAAUGAUCCGCAAGAUUCAUCCGGCAAUGUUGGCAAGGAGCGACACAUGUCUCUUCAGCAGCUGAUGAAAUCUCCCCUGCCAGAGACCCUAGAGCGCGGAGUCCAGGAGGCGGUUCAGCUACUCGAGAAGCUCAAAUUGGCUCUGCGGAAGCAGUCUGCUGAAAAGAAUAUUGCCGACGCAGACAACUGGACGACCUCGAUAACCAAUCUCCAAGAGCAAGCCGUCCGCACUCGCACAGUUGUUGGUGUGGUCGGGAACACUGGAGCCGGCAAGAGCUCUGUUAUCAACGCUAUGCUGGACGAAGAACGUCUCGUUCCAACAAACUGCAUGAGAGCAUGCACUGCAGUUGUCACGGAGCUCUCUUGGAACGAUGAUGAUGAUGAGAACAAGAAAUACCGAGCUGCCAUCGAGUUCAUCAAACCAGAGGACUGGGAAAGGGAACUGAAGGUGCUGUUCAAUGACUUAUUGGAUCAGAAUGGCCAGGUUUCUCGGGACUGUGCUAACCCCGACUCCGAUGCUGGUGUUGCUUAUGCCAAAAUCAAGGCUGUAUAUCCGCAGAUGACGAAGGAAGACAUAGCUCGUAGUUCCGUGGCCAAAUUAAUGAAGUUUCCCAUUGUCGCCGAAGUUCUUGGAACUACUAUCAAAAUCGAGAAAGCGGAGCCUGAAGGCUUUUACCGAAAGCUACAGACGUAUGUUGAUAGCAAAGAAAAAAUCAUCAAGAAAGACAAAGGAACGGGCACUGGGAAGGACAAAGAAAAGAAGGAGCCUAGGAAGACUGAAUACUGGCCCCUGAUCAAGGUCGUGAGGAUCUUCGUAAGAUCACCUGCCCUGGCCACUGGGGCUGUCAUUGUCGAUCUUCCCGGUGUUCAAGACUCCAAUGCUGCCCGUGCUGCAGUCGCAGCGGGGUACAUGAAGCAAUGUACCGGCUUGUGGAUCGUAGCCCCAAUCACUCGGGCUGUCGAUGAUAAAUCUGCCAAAAAUCUGCUCGGAGAUACUUUCAAACGACAGCUGAAGUACGACGGAACCUACAGCGCUGUUACGUUCAUCUGUUCAAAGACCGACGACAUUUCCAUCACGGAGGCCACCGACUCCCUGGGCUUAGAAGAUCGAAUGUCGGAACUAUUCAGCCAAGAAGACUCAAUCGAGCAGACAAUCAAAGAAUUAGAGAAACGCCUGGUAGCCCUCAAGGACGAGAAAGAAGUUUUCAGUGAGAUGUUCGACGACCAAGACGAGCUUCUCGCCGUUUGGGAACGUCUCUCGAACAAACUUGGUGAUGGUGAAAAAGUGUUUCGGCCCCUCCAGAAGAAACGUAAAUCGAACCUCGCGACGGACAAGCCGCGCAAGAGAAGGGCUAGCAGUGACGAUGAUUUCCUUGCCGAUACGGAUAGUGAUAGAAGCAAUCUUUCUGGUUCUGAUUCAGAAAAAGAGGACGAGACCGAGGACCAAGAAGAAGAAAGACAACCUUUGACUGAAGAGGAUAUUGCCACUGAGAUCAACCAGAUCCGGGUUUUCAAAAAGAAAGCUCGGAGUUCAAAGGCUGAACUCGAGGAUAAAAUCAGACAGGUGAGGAAAGAGAUCACAGCUGCUAAAUUCGAGCACAACGAGGUCCAAGCGAAGAUGAAUACCAUCUGCAUUUCUGGUCGCAAUGACUAUUCCAGGCGCGCGAUUCAAUUCGACUUCGCUGCCGGUGUGGAAGAACUUGACCAAGAGAACGCAAUUGAGGAAGAUGAGGAGAAUUUCAACCCUGAUGAUGAGAAGCGAGACUAUGAACAGGUUGCAAGGGACUUACCCGUCUUUUGUGUGAGUAGUCGGGCGUACCAGAAGCUCUCUGGUCGUCUUAAGAAAGACUCUGCUGUGCCUGGAUUCACGACUCUAGACCAGACCGAGAUUCCGGCUCUACAGGCACAUUGCAAAAAGCUCACCGAGGCCGGCCGUUCGUCUUCGUGUCGACGAUUUCUCAAUAACUUGAACCAGUUGCUGACCUCAAUUAGUCUAUGGGCUUCUGAUGAUGGUAGUGGCGCAACCCUUACAGACCAACAGAAGGUUCGAGAGGUCCUCUUCCUAAAGAAGAAGCUCGCAGAGCUAGAAAAGGUCAGUACAGAUGUUUCCUCUCUUCUCAGUGAGCUAGUUCCAGGGUUGUCUUGGAUACCAGGAUUCUACUCGAUCGAUGGGUCGAAAAUGGCAUGCGCAUUUGACUUGGGUCGUGCCGUACAAAUUCGUACUUCAACUCGCAUGGCUAAUGAUACUUGACUCAACGUCUACGGUAUCACAGUUUCAUCUUUCAACCUCCAAAUUUCAAAUUUCAAAUUUCAAAUUUCAAAUUUCACAUUUCAUAUUUCAUCAAGUCAAUUGCUUGACACUCUCUUUAUCUAGAACUGCAUUGUUCGCAUUUCAACGAAUGUCUCAUAUGAUGAGGAAGCGCAUUUGAUAUAUCUCUUUCCUUAGCACUCAACCUGGUUCAAUGGAUAGCAGACAGGUCUCAUCUAUAAAACG